AUGAAAGCCGCAUCAUCCUCUUCCUUCAGUAAACCUCCUACUGCUAGCAGCAUCGGCCGCCUGAACGGCUCAUCCAACUUCAGAACAGUUGUCAAUUUCGCUUUAGUCGCGAUAGGCGUUGGGAUCCUCGCCCUUCCGAGAGCCAUCGCUCAAGGAGGUUGGAUAGUCGGCAGCCUUCUUCUCCUCAUUGCUUGGGCUGUCUCCCAAUACGCCAUAUUCUUACUGUGGAAAUGUAUGGUCAUGCCUCCUGACGGCAACGAGAAAUUCACAUCGUUUCAAGCAAUCGGCCGUGAGUGCUUCGGCAGAGUCGGCAUCAUGAUGCCUCUUGCAUGGAUGCCUACUAUGAAAGAGGUGGCCUUCGUCUCGGGUUUGGGGAUUGCUGCCGCCUUAGUAACUGUUAUCAUGAUUAUCGUUGCAUCUUCGAGAGAAGCAGUGGACCCUGUGAGCCAUCACGACUAUGAUUUGGUGCCAUCUACACCGAUGUAUGCAACACUAUCGUUUACCAACUUUAUGAAUGCCUUUACUGUAGCACCCGUCGUGCCCACUCUGAUAAAUGAUAUGAGAAGUCCCAUGAGAUUCCCACGAGUUUCUGUCAUUGGGUUCCUCCUGGUCUUCAUUAUCUUCGCGUCAAUCGCCUUCGCAGGAUACGCUGGUUUUGGUAGCAGCCUGCUGGACUAUUCCAAUGUUACCCUUGCUAUUGCUAGUGGACGAUCCACCACAGACUGGGUGGUCCUAGUUGUACAAAUUGCCAUCGAAGUCGUUUCGUUCUGUCAUUUUCUCGUUAUGUUCAACCCCGUUUGUGUUGGGGUUGAAAGCGCUAUACAGCAUCUGCGUGGUAGAUCCGUGCCGUACUGGAUCAAAAUGAUAACAAGGUCUGUGCUUAUUGUCANNNNUGCCUCGCUAUCGCUGGGAUGGUAUUUGGGACCUGGUCUGCUGUCGUUUCGUGGUAAGUAG